UCAAGUCUACGCUCUCCUUUCCUUACGUCACUCAGGAAUCUGCCCGCUCAAGCUUUUCAGAUAUGAACCAGAGAUCGAUCUCGAUCCGUGGCUGUGAAUCUCGAUCCAUCUCACAACAAUACGAACCACUCUCUUCACAACAGAGAUCGAUCGAUCUCACAACAGAGGACCGCCUGUGAAUCUCGAUCCAUCUCACAAUAGAUACGAACCACUCUCUUCACAACAGAGAUCGAUCUUUUGUAAGUAAUCCAUUACUUUUACUUGUUUUGCGUUUCUUUUCUUUUUAAAUGCUUGUUUAUUCUUUCACUUUAGUUGAUCUAAGAAAUCCCCAACUGUUAAUCCAUUUUUCUUUUACUCAUCCAUGUUAAAUUCAAAGCUACUCUUUUUUGGUUGAUCUUUACAUUUGUUUAACAUAGCUUUCAUCAUUGAUAAUGGCCACUGCAUCUGUUCAACGACCUUGGUGGACGUAUGAUGUCUUUGUAAGUUUUAGAGGUGAAGAUAUCCGUAAAAGCUUUAUGGAUCAUCUAUUCCAACAUUUUGAACAAAAAGGAAUUCAUGUGUUUAGAGAUGACACAGAUCUCACCCUAGGCGAAAAGAUAUCUCCUAAUCUCGACAAAGUCAUUCAAGAAUCGAGGUUUCUGAUGGUUGUCUUCUCUAAAAAUUAUGCAUCUUCGUCAUGGUGUUUGAGGGAACUUGUAGAAAUCCUCGACUGCAAGGAGGCGAGAGAGCACAAGCAUGAGGUUCGAAUGAUCUUCUAUGACGUGAAGCCUGAUGUGGUGAGGAAACAGACUGGGAGCUAUGCACAAGCGUUUGCCAAACAUGAGAUUUCAAAUAGAGCAGAGGUUGCUAAAUGGAAAGAAGCUUUGUCCAUGGGUGCCAACUUAUCUGGAUGGGAUCUCCAUGACAUGGCAAAUGGGUUUGAGUCCAAAUUCAUUGCUAGCAUCUCCGAAGAAAUCCUAAAAGCAUUAUCUCGUGAACCUUUGCAUGUCGGCCAUAACCUUGUAGGGGUGGAUGCCCGUAUAAAGAAAAUGAACUUGUUACGAUUUGUUCACUCAAACAAGGUUCACAUGAUUGGAAUAUGUGGCAUUGGUGGAAUAGGAAAGACCACUUUUGCCAAAGCCGUUUAUAACCUCAUGUAUAUCCACUUUGAGGAAUGUAGCUUUUUGGAUGAUGUCCAAGGAGCCACAAAACAACAUGGACUAACUCAUGUCAUAAUGCAACUUAUCAACGACAUCAUGAAAACAACRGAUGUGAGGAUAUCCAACAUUGGUCAAGGAAUUAUGGUAAUGAAACAGAGGAUGGCAUCUAGACGGAUCCUACUUGUUGUAGAUGAUGUAGAUCAUCGUGAUCAGUUAGAAGCACUAUCAGGUUCAUGUGAUUGGUUUUUCCCAGGAAGUUUGAUUAUUUUCACUAGUAAAGACAAGCAAUUGCUAAGGUCUCAUAAAGUGGAUGAAAUCUAUGACAUGGAGUUUCUCGAUGAUUUUGAAUCUCUUGAGCUCUUUAGUUUGUAUGCUUUUCAUGAACAACAUCCUACUAAAGACUUUGAAGAACUUGCUUUGCAAGUUGUGCGGUAUGUGAAAGGUCACCCCCUUGCCCUCAAGGUCUUGGGAUCUUUUCUUUACGGAAAAACUGUGAAGGAGUGGAAUAGCGAAUUGGACGAGCUCCAAGUAUAUCCUAAUGAAGAGAUACAACGGGUGCUUCGGUUAAGCUUUGAUGCGUUAAGCCCUCAACAAAAAAACAUCUUCCUUGAUAUUUCAUCUUCAUUCAUUGGUGAAAAUAAAGAUGACGCAACAACUAUACUAGAUGGUUGUAAUUAUCAUACAAAUACAAAUAUCAAAGUUCUAGUUGACAAGUCAUUACUUGUCGUUUCUCGCAUUGGGUUGCUUGAAAUGCAUGACUUGAUCCAAAAGAUGGCAAGGGAAAUUGUACGCGAAGAGUCCAACACCGUUGGGAAGCGAAGCAGGUUGUGGAUUUCAUCGGAGGUGUAUGAUGUAUUGAAUGAAAACGAGGGAACAGAAGCAGUUGAAGUCCUUCACCUUUUGCAAAAGGAAUAUUGUCUGAAGGUUCACAUUGAUGUUAAAGCUUUUGCACAUAUGAAGAAUUUGCGGAUCCUAAAAAUAUGUGAUGAAGAACUCAGACGCCUUCGGCAUGCAUUUGAUUUGAAGUUGUGGAAGGAAUCUAAGGUGAACUACCAUGGGAAGUUGAAAUUUUUAUCAAAUAAGUUAAGGUUACUUUAUUGGCAUGGAUUCCCUUUCAAGUGCUUCCCUUCAGAUUUCUAUCCAGAAAACAUUGUUGCCAUCGAUUUGUCUUACAGCCACAUCAAAAAUCUUUGGACAUCGCCUAAGUGUUUUGAAAGGUUGAAAGUGAUGAAGCUAAGGCAUUGUCAUAACCUAACAAGUACCCCCAAUUUCACAAGGAUCACAAAUCUCGAAGAACUCAUUCUUGAAGGUUGUGUGAGUUUGGUUAAAGUCCACCCGUCUUUUGGGAUGCUCAAGAAGCUUGUUGUUCUAAAUAUGAAAGAUUGCAAGUGUUUUAGGAGAUUCCCUUGCAAAGUCGAAAUGGAUUCUCUUGAAGUUGUGAAUCUUUCGGGUUGCUCAAAACUGGACAAACUUCCUAAAUUCUUUGGCACAAUCCAAACUCUGAAAGAGUUUUGUAUCAAUGGUACCGCCAUAACGGAACUUCCUUCUUUUGUAUUUUCUCAAUACAACCUUCAAGUAUUGGGAUUUGGUCGACAUGAGAAGAGGAUCCGAUCUAGAUGGUGGGCUUCAAUUUCUCAACCUUCACGGUUACCAAGUAAGAUGCAACAUCCCCAAAGUCUGGUAAUGCCUUCGUUGGCGAAUUUAUGUUUCUUACGAACAUUAAAUCUUAGCUACUGCAAUAUAUUGGAAGUGUCUGAUAGCAUUGGAGGCUUAUCAUGUCUAGAAUCUCUAUACUUGGAUGGGAACAACUUUACUAGUUUACCUGGAUGUUUGAGUCAACUUUAUCGUCUUACAUCUUUUUACCUUUUUGAUUGCGAGAAGCUGGAAAUGCUUCCAGAACUUCCACCUAACCUUCAGAUUCUUGAUGCAUCUUUUUGCACCUCCUUACAACAACAUCCACCUAGCAAUUUUAAUAUUCAAUCAUCCUUAGUCAUGUAUUUUGACGGUUGUCCAAAAUUGUUUAGGAAUGUUAGUAUUGAAAGCCAAGUUUGUAUGUGGCAGCCUCUACUUGGUCUUAACUCAUCUAUAACCUUCCACUGUUGUAGAACCCAAAUCUCUUUUUUGCUUCAGUUUAUCGAGUUCCCAAGUAACACACGUGGAAUCUUCGGUGGACAAGACGAUUACGAUUUGGAUAUACAAUAUCAUGGAAAUAGAAUUCCACAAUGGUUUAUAGAUACAAGUAUGGGAAAUCACUUACAUGUCAAUUUGCCUCCAGAUUUCUGCUACAACAAGUUGAGGGGAUUUGGAUUUUGUGUUGUUUUGACGCCGAAAAGGUCUUGUGGUCAUAAAUAUGACAACGAUACACCAAGGUAUCAUGUGGACAACUUUGAUGGGACUUCUUUGGCUUAUCGAUUGUUUUAUUGUUCCUAUGGAAUCCCUAAGUCAGAUAUCAUAUGGUUUGGUUUUGAGACUCUGGUUUCUCGUGAAUGGAAGGAGGCAAAGAAUUUUGUUACUUUUUGGUUUGAAGAUGAUGAUGAUUUUGAGGUAAAAGAAUGCGGUUUUAGACUUGUUUUUGAUGAAGAUAUAGAAGAAGAAACGAAUUUCAGUCUCAUUCAAGAGCUCCCGACUCCAACACAAGAAGGAGGUACCAUCCAAAUGUGGAGGAAUAAUCGACAUUUCUAUUGGUCGUGGUAGCUAGUCUGAAUGUAUUGUGGUGAUCCAUAUGUUAAAGCUUGGAUGUCAUUGAUUGUAAUAUAAUUUUGUCAUUUUUUCCUCCACAAUUGUAAAUUGUAUUCAGUAUCAUAACUAUGUGUAAUGAAAACU